AUGGACGAUUACACGAGAGAGAUGAUGGACCUCAAAACCCUCGUGACUCGCACUCUUGAGAAGAAAGGCGUUCUCGCUAGGAUCCGAGCUGAAUUAAGAGCUAGUGUCUUUGAAGCUAUCGAAGAAGAAGAUCGUGUCAUCAAAAAGGAUCAAGCUCUGCCUCCUACAUUGUUAGGUAGCUGUAACGAUCGUGCUAAACAGCUUCACGCUUCUCCUUCUGGUAGACUUCUUACUGCACUGGUAUGUGAAUACCUUGACUGGGCACAGCUUACUCACUCGCUAAAAGUUUAUCUUCCAGAAUGUAAUUUGGAGAAAGAUUUUUGGAAGUCUGAGUUGAAAGAGUUUAGUAGCAAAAAUGGAUAUGAUCUUAAUAGAAAUGGAGACAGUCCCGUGCUCUUGGAUGUGCUUGAAGGAUUCUUGAAAUUUGAGAACUUAUCCCAAGCAAGGGCUAGUGGUAGGAGGUUUACUACUUCAGAAACUGAGCCUUUGCCAAACUCAGAAUCACGGAACACGCGAAGGCAUUCUUCAUCAUCUGUUGCUGGUGGCUUACCUCCACUAGGAAGCUGCAAGCCAGAUUUUAUACAAGGAUGUGAAGAAGAUGAACUGAGUAAAAGAAAGGAUCUCUAUGACUUUGAGGUUUUGAUUAACACUGAUUGGCCUUUCUCAGAUUCUGUGCUUCAAAGGCCUUUUAUUGAAGAACUGUGUAAAGAAGCUUGUAUGGGAGAUUGCAUGUGUUCUGUGGCUAUUUUCAGGUUAGGUGAUAGUUGUUGGAUGAAGAAGUUACCACUCUCAAAUGGGAAAGUUGAUCCAACACUUAAUGGUGCUAAGGCUUUCUUGAAAGUGAGAAAAGAUAAUACCUCCCUCCAGUCCUUUGAUUUUCCUCCAUUUCCAAUCAUUGCGAACAAGAAUAAUAAUAGGGAAACGUUGGUUUUGGUUGUUUCUGUGCUUUUUGGUAGCUCUGCUAUUCUCAAUGUUGUAUUGCUUGUAGCAAUAUGUUUCAGCACCUCCAUAAUUGUUCAGUACAAGAAGAAGCUUAGAAGAGUUAGCAGAAGUGAAACUAGUGUUGAAACCAAUUUGCGUUGCUUCACUUACGAAGAGCUUGAAGAAGCUACUAAUGGAUUUGACAAAGAGCUAGGAAGGGGAGCUUUUGGUAUAGUUUAUGAAGGAGUCGUCAACAACAACACAUGUUCCGAAACUCGUGUGGCUGUGAAAAAGUUGAACAAUUUUUUGUUGGAUCAAGCUCAUAGAGAAUUCAGGAAUGAACUGAAUGUCAUUGGUCUCACUCAUCAUAAGAACUUAGUUCGUUUACUUGGAUUUUGUGAGGGUGGAAGUGAAAGAUUGCUUGUUUAUGAGUACAUGAGCAAUGGCACUUUGGCAAGUUUACUUUUCAAUGCUGAUGAGAAACAGAAACCAAGUUGGAAACUAAGGCUUGAACUUGCAAUAGGAAUAGCAAGGGGACUUGUGUAUUUACAUGAAGAGUGCAUUACUAGGAUCAUCCACUGUGACAUAAAGCCUCAAAAUAUACUUCUUGAUGAUUACUUCAAUGCAAGAAUUUCUGACUUUGGACUAGCCAAGUUGAUGAACAUGAAUCAAAGCAAAACCAACACUGGCAUUAGGGGAACAAAAGGGUAUGUUGCACUUGAAUGGUUUAAGAACAUGCCUAUCACAGCUCAAGUGGAUGUGUAUAGUUAUGGAGUAGUGCUACUUGAGAUUAUUUCAUGUAGAAGAUGUGUUCAAGAAAUGGAACAAGAAGAUGAAGAGAAAGCAAUAUUAACUGACUGGGCUUAUGAUUGCUACAAGGAUGGUGCUAUAGAUGCAUUGGUUGAGGGUGACAAUGAGGCAUUGGAUGACAAAGAAAAGUUGGAGAAAUUGGUAAUGAUUGCAAUUUGGUGUGUUCAAGAGGAUCCAGUUCUUAGACCAAGCAUGAGAAAUGUGAUACAUAUGCUUGAAGGUACUGUUGAAGUGCAAGUUCCACCAUACCCCUCACAAAUUAGUAUUCAAUAUUCUCUAAUUUAA